GAAUAAAACAACAAAUACUCAUGCAAUUUAUUUCAUUUUUUCCUCUCAACUUAAAUCAUUCUGCUUGGGGUUUAACAGACGUUUUUACUAUUCCCAUUAUUCAGUUGGUGUCGUUCAGUAAAUUAAUCUUUACAAGUGCUUGUUUAAAUAAUGCAUAGAGGUAAGUUAUUUCAUUUUUUAAAAAUACCUUCAUGAUACCGAAGAAUUUUUAUAUAUUCAACCAAUUGAAAGUGUGAAUUGGUUAUUACAUACACUUUAUACCCAAUCAGCGUUUUCCAAAUGUACAGAUAUCAUUAAAAACUGUACUAAUGGGCAAUUUACGUUGAAUGAUGAUUACCAUUUGUAUUGUUUAAGUUUAAUAAAUCGGCUUGGUGGGUGUAUACAGCAAUCCUUAGACAGUUUAUUCAAAUGUUUGGAGCAUAACAAUAAGUCAGUUGAUAUAAUGAAGCAAAUCGCAAAGUCAUUGUAUUUACAAGGUCAUCAUAAUGAAGCAUUGGAAAUUUAUCAAGAUGCUUUAAAACUUAAUCAAAAUGAUUGGGAAAUACCAUUUGGACAAGGUAUAUGUUAUUUCUACAUGAAAAAAUUUGAAUUGGCUGAAAAGUAUUUUAAAAAAUCUAGUAAACUUACCAAAAGCAUUAAACCAUUGAAAUGGUUAGCAAAAGUUCAUUUAGAAAAGAGCUCAAUAAAUUCUGCUAUUGCAACACUGAAGAAAGCAACCUCACUAGUACCAGAAGAUCCGGAUAUCUUAUCUAAUUUGGGUUCAUUAUAUUUCCAAAUCAAUCAAGAACAAUUAGCAUUUGAAUGUUUAAGCUCAGCAAUUAUUUUAAAACCGGAUCAUUUUGAUGCAAAUCAAUUAGCUGGUUUAGUUAUUACAUUGCAUAAAGAUUAUGAUGUGGCAUUGAAUAAAUAUCGAUCAAUAUUAAAACAAUCUUCUGAAAGUCCAAUAUUAUGGAAUAAUAUUGGCGUAGCACUAAUGGGUAAAAGAAACCUAAUAGCUUCUAUUACUUGUUUUAAACGUGCCACUUACUUAACACCAUUGGAUUGGAGAAUAUCAAUUAAUCUGGGCAUAAUUUAUAUGCAUACAUCACAAUGGUUAAGUGCAUUUCAAUAUAUCACUACAUCAAUUAAUCUGUUUAAUAUCAUUAAACAAAGAUCAAUCCAUCGUUCUGCUAUAAAUGAUGAUAAUAAUGAUAAAAAUAAUCAUAAAAUUACUCAUGAUGUUGGCAUGUUAUAUUGUCUUUUGGGUUAUUGUUUAAUUAAAUUAAAUGAAUAUUCCAAAGCUUAUGAAGCUUUUAUGAAUGCAUAUAAACAAAGCAAUAAAAAUCCUUUAGUGAUUUUGAAUUGUGCAAAUUUUCUUUUUAAAUCAAACAAAAAAUUGGCCAAUCAAAUGUUUGCAAAAUAUAAAAAACUUAAUUUAACCAAUGAAUUUGAAUUACCAUAUUGGGUGAAUAAAAAUGAUGUAGAUAAAUUAGUCAAUCGAUUGGAUACAUAUUUUAGACAAAAUACUACAGAAUCAACUGAUUCUAUGCAAAUUUCAAUAUAGAGUUCAAUGAAUAUCUGUAUGUGAGUAUUUAUUUUUCAAAAAGUUCUUAUUAUGGUUAUCAACUUUUAAUUGCAAAAUAUAAAGUACAAUCGUUGAAAUGCAAAUGUUUACUUUCUCAUCCUUUCCAUCUAAAAAAAAAUUCUUUAUUAAUGAUUAGUUUUAGAAAUUUUCUAGUGUUCGUUGUGAGGUUGUUUUUUUUUUGUAUUUUAAUUUCUAUAAACGUUAAGAUCAUUUCAAUUGUCAUGAGGAUAGUGAUGUGUUUCGAUGAGAAUAAUGAAUGGUAAUUGCUGGAAUCUAUUUCUGGUCUAAUACUAUACGUACACUUUUAUCGUAUAAUUAUUAAUUAACUAAACUAUUCAUAUUUAUGUAUCUCUUAUCAUAAGUUUUAUUUUAACCUAUGAACUGUUAUUAUACGAUUUUCCAUUCUUGAAUUAUUCCCUGUCUAUUAAUCACUACCUCCUACAUUCACAGCCACAUUUGGCCAAAUGUUGUACAAAUGUUAUUUUCUAUUUCAUGGUACGAUGUGGUCUGCUUGAUUGGUAUAUAAACAAAGUAUGUUUGAAAUACAUGAUUCAUAUUGCAGAUGCUGA